AUGGAUCCAGAUACCCCGCCACCUAUGGAGCAACCCGGUGUUCUCAAUUAUCUCCUGAGCUUUUUGCUAGUCGGCUUAGCGUGGGGAUUUACGACACCCUUUAUCCGCCGCGCGGCAGUCGAUUUCAAUGCGAGAAAUGAGGCCAAGCAGACAGUCAAUCAGGCUGCUGCGAGGAACAAAAAGAAAUCGUUCCUCUCGGUUGCAUGGUUGAAGGAGAAGGUUGUCUCUGUAUUCUGGACGGUGGUCAAUCUAUUGCGCACCCCAGCAUAUUCCGUUCCUUUAUUAAUUAACUUGACGGGAAGCAUCUGGUUCUUCUUACUGGUUGGAAAGCAUGAACUCAGUCUCACUGUCCCGAUAACAAAUUCGACCGCGUUCUUGUUCACAGUCCUGGGGGAGUGGUACGUUGAAGGCAAAGUGAUAUCCAAAGAAACUUGGCUAGGAAUGAUCCUCGUCCUUGGUGGAAUUGGUCUCUGUGUGCAGUCCAAGCUCUGA